UGGUCGGUGUUGUCGCUGCAGCAGCUUAUGGUUCACUCAGCCAAUGAGCCGUCAGUGAGUCAGUGAUCCACUCCACCUGAUUGAGAUUGUCUGGAGGAGGAUAACAACUUGGCCCUGAAACAUACUUUCCAUCAGAUGGUGGAGAGGAGCUGAGAGGAGCAUCAUCAUCAUCGAAGCACCGCUGUCUGAGCUGCUACGUUACUACUGACGACAAACACACAUUUAACAGAUUAAAGAAAAGAAAAAUGAUGACCCUUCAGAAACGGCCCCUGACUGUGGCCCUUUGCCUGCUGCUCCUGGUUGCUCUCUUACCAAAUGCAGAAGCCCGUGGGCGUGGGCGUGGAGGUAGCUUUGGCCGAGGCCGAGGCGGAGGAGGGUUUAUGGGAGGUGGUAGGGGUCAUGCCUACAGACCAGUGGUGGUCCAGAGCAGUGGACCCAGUGCUGGGAAAGUAGCAGGAGCAGCCGCAGCAGGAGCCAUAGGAGGAGCCAUGCUGGGGUCUGCCUUGAGCCGCCCAGGAUACGGACAUGGAUAUGGAGGAGGGAUGGGUGGGUACGGAGGGUACGGAGGAGGGUACGGAGGAGGCUACGGCUACGGCUACCCACGGUUUGGAGGUGGUUAUGGAAGUUAUGGCCCCAGACCUGGCUAUGAACCUGAAGGUUCUGGAGACAUGGAGUACUACACCGGAGCAUCCAGUGGGCCCGUCUACAACAGUGCUAUCGUUGUUUUCGGCUCCUUAAUGCUACUGCUAAUGAGCCACUGGGUGGCGCUCAUGUAGAGCUGGAGACAGACCUGAGUUGCGAGG